CAACUUUCUCCGUCCACCAUCAUGGCGGCACAUUUGCCAUCCAGUCGUUCGCGGCUGCGGGAUACUCGUUUUGCAUCACCUAUGAUGGUCCUCAGUAUGCUUGCUCUAAAUCGGAUCACCUCCUCUUCUGCCAGCCCCAACGGCGGGGUUUGCACCUAAAUACAUACCCUUGUUUGCGACGGCGGCGGCGUUGACUCAUUGAUAUCGAGGCGCCGUCAAGGUUGCCGCUUGUCCGGUUUUCAGGCAUACCGGCCUCUAGAUCGUUUACGAAGCUUUCUGAAAUAUCACCCUAUCGAUGGAUCGUCUGGCAACGGAGCUUUUGCUCCAUAUAUUUUGCUCUUGCGAGAGUGUUUCUGAUAUUCUCAACCUUGCCUCGACCUGCCGAAGGCUUCACCGUGUCUUCAACCAAUCUCACAAGCUGCAAAUUCUUAUUGAUGUCGCGGAAUUCGAGUUUGGACCUCUAGACGAGAUCGUCCAGCUUGUAACACACAAUGCAAGCCAACCAGCACACAUCGUCCGCCGAGUUCCCAUGUCCGAGUCGCUUCUCCGACAGGUAGUGCAGGUCGGACUCGUCGCACGAAAAUGGGAGGCGAUUUACCCGGUCAAGAAAUGGAAGGUUGACUCCGAGAAUCGGCGCUCCUUGACUGACGAUGAGCGGUUUCGGUUGCGCCGUGCUAUUUAUCGCCUUUGGCUAUAUCAUCGGGCUUUCCAUAAUUCCAACUUCGACCGUUUCUCGCGUAAACUUCGGCAUGUCAUUUCUGAGCGUGCGCAGCUUCUUCACAACUGGUCCACCGCCGAACUUGCCGAGGUUGAGGACAUUCGGUUGAUCAUCACCGACAUCGUGCAAAACCAUAUCUGUCCCAGCAACGGGACUAUACAGCGGAAGUUCCGCAAGCGUUAUCCCGAGAGCAAUCACCAACUAUCAUUUAAUAUUCAUCUGAACUAUCCGACAACGCGUACCCCUGUGGGGGUACCCGAAUGGCCUGACAAGGCUGACCACACAGUCAAUCAGUACUUCUACUCCGCUCACCCCACACAUAUCGCAGAAUCACCCGCAAAGUAUAGAUCGAAAUUCCGCAAUGACUUCUUUCACGACCCCGGCUUCGAAGGAUGGGGAGAUGAAAUCCCUCAUUAUUACGUAGUCCAGGAUAUGAUGAAGCUUGAUCCUGGACAGGUCCUCUGGUUGCGUGAACAUGCGCCCAUGAAACAGCAAGUUGAAGCCUUCAUACGAUCCUUGGGCGAUUGGUUUCGUGACAAUGGGGAGACAUUCGGAGAUACUCUUGAGUGGGUGAUGAAUGAGCGCGGCGAUGACAUUGGGGAGUUUCGGGCUGCGAUAGCAGAUCGGGGACUAGGAAUCGUGUGGUCUUAGUCUUAUUUAGACUAAGUCAUGUAUAGCAUUCUAGAGAUUACGGAGUUGAAGCAGUUGAGGUACUCUAUAUCAGGCGCUCUAUUCGGCGUGUCAAUGUACGAGGCGAUACAGACCGGAGUACUGUAUGUUUGGGUCAGCCUAGAAGUUGCCUACUUCGUCGAUAGCACAUCUUCAGUUUCAUUGUUCAUGUUCGGAGCCUGCUCAAUCUCUUGAGGUCGAGCAACGUCCAAGGGAGCCGACUGCUCAGAACGUUCAAGUGGUGUCCUCUGUUCUUCCGAAAGGUCUGCUUCAGGAACAUCACCAGACUUUCCGCUGGGUCGGGCUUGCUUGGUAUGGCGGGUAAACCUAAACCAUCGCAGAUCCCUGCAGACACGUGAGAUCUUCCCAUC